AUGAGCAGCCUGUCCACAUCCACCCUCGAUAGCAAAGUUCUAGGAAGCAUCCGCCAGUCCAUCACCGGAUUUCUUCAGCGUUGUGGAUUGCAAUAUAAGAAUGUCCCGCUUGACGAGACGUGGUACUCCGAAUGCUGCCAGGAGGCCACCAAACGAGGCUAUCCGAUGGACGCCAUCCUCCCAUACAUGUCUGUUGGCGUGGCUAUAACGUCUAACGCUUACGGCCACCUCCCGGACCGUCCAACCAAGAUGUGGAUCUGCCUCUUCACCGUCGUAUGCACCUGCAUGGACGACACAAUGACCAGUGGAAAAGAUCUAGUGCAUGUGUACCGUUUCAACGAGCGGUUCGCGAAUUGUCAGCCGCACGAGCAUCCAGUUAUGCAUGCGCUCGAUGGACUCAUACGGGAGGUCGCUUGCCAUUAUCCUGCACCGGUGUCAAAUUUUAUCGUGACGUCCGGGCUCGACUAUGUGUCUUCCCUUUUACUUGACCAUGAGACCAAAGAUAUGCGGAUCUCGCCGCAGGCUCCCUCAUACCCCGAUUAUUCUAGGAUGCUAUCAGGCAUAGCGUAUGCGUACGCAUACUGCAUUUUCCCUUCUACACUCCCGCUUCAGGAAUACGUUCAAUGCAUGCUCGAUCUGGUCAUAGUCAUAAACCACACAAAUGAUAUAUUGUCAUACUACAAAGAGGAGAUCCAAGGUGACUCCGCAAACUACCUGUCGCUCGUAGCGGCCUCUCGUGGUCUUACCAAACAGUCCGCUCUCCGGGAACUGGUCGAGAAAACUGUGCAAGCACAUCACAAUAUCCUCGAAUUCCUGAGACCGCGUCCUGAGGCAUAUGACGCCUAUGUCGCAUUUUUCAAUGGGUAUUUCAAAUUCCACACCCAAGGAAGGUAUAAGCUGGAGGAGAUCAUGUAG